AUCUUCAUCCAUCAACUUCAUUUUUAUAAUGUCAGUUAGUUCACAUUGCAUUGUGUUUAUUUCCCAUCAGGCCAUAGUGCUGUGUUACUUCCUGGAUACGCACCGCGAGACGUACAACCUGCUGGACAAGAACGUCAUCGAGCUGGGCGCCGGGACCGGUCUGGUCUCCAUAGUUACAAGCCUUCUAGGUGCCAAGGUGACGUCCACAGACCUGCCGGAGGUGCUGAGUAACCUGCAGUAUAACGUACUGCGUAACACCAGGGGUUCCUGUAGACACCCUCCUCGGGUCACUGAGCUGUCCUGGGGGAAGGAGCUGGAACAACACUUCCCUCAGGCUGCCUGUCACUACGACUACGUGUUCGCUGCCGAUGUGGUGUACUGCCACCCCUACCUGGCGGAACUCUUGGACACCUUCGAUCACCUGUGUCAGGACGGGACGGAGAUCCUCUGGGCCAUGAGGUUCCGUCUGGACAGAGAGAACCAGUUUGUAGAACGGUUCCAGACCAGGUUCCGUCUGGAUGAACUGUACGAUCUGCCCAGUCUCAGUAUCAAACUGUACCGAGCAUCAAGGAAGGAGAUGGGGAGGAAGACACGGUCUGGAGAGGCAGCUUAAUACUACCAUGCUCUACAGAAGCAGUCUGAGACACUGCAGGGGGAUGGAGAGAUGAGGAUGUGAAUGUGUGUUAUUUGAUUGAAUCCCGGCCACACACUCAGAGAAUCAACAAAGGCAUUGUUGAGAAGCGCAUUACAUUUAACUCUUGAAGGUAAUUUACCCUUUGAUCCGACAUCCACAGCAUCUCGGGGGAAUUGUAGUGUCAUGGCCCAGAAGAUCAUUUAUUGGAGCCCUUUUAUGUUUGGUUGUUACUGUCCUCUUUAUGGAGGCUACUGUCCU